CUGUAAAGAGCAAGUGGGAUACUCAUGGCAAAAUGUGUGUGAGUGCAGAGUACUGUGGGAUAUUACGAGGUCCGAAGGUUGUUGCAUCCAUCCGUUCAGAGGGUUCAUUCGUGUGUACACAGGAUGCUCCCCAAUGCCACAGGAAACAGCUCUUCCUUGCAGUCAGCUGACUUCCUGCCUAUUAAAGGUUAAUGCCAGUUCCGCCAACACUACUGUGUUGUGCAAUGUCAUUUGGCUUAUUUUACAGUUUUAAUUUCCUGUUUAAAAAGUUGAUGUUUUCAAUCUAAGCUCUAAAAGUUUCUAGUUCUUUCACAAAGCUGUUUGACUGUAUUUAAACUUUGCCAAUGUAGUGUAUUAAAAUCUAUUGGAAUUUAACAGCGUUUAUUGUAAUGGAAUUCGAAAAAGUACCAUGGUAUUACCAUGAUACAUGAUCAAAAACAUGGUAUUAACAUGAUAAAUGUCUAAAACCAUGGUACUAUCAUGGUACCGUGUUCAAAAACAACGUAGUAAUAUUACCUCAGGUCUUUUUGCUAGUCAGUCAUUCACUCUUUUUUCAUACAGUAGUUACGCCAUGUCAUAAAGGGGCGAAUAAUAAGUAGAGCAAGGGAAAUAAAAAGCAAAAAAGAGAAAAUCUCAUUCUUCGCAAUGAUUAUGGAGUGAAAUGUGAUCUGUGUGUAAUGGCUCUGAACUCCUGCAGGUCUCUCAGCUCGGUUCAGUAGAAACGCUUCUUCAUCCCAAGCGGAGAAAUCCGGACGAAACCAACUCGCCAUGUACCACAGGGCACAUUGUCGAGAACUCCUCUGGUUUUACACCCAAAAUAACGACUCCGGCACUUUAUAACAAAUUAUCUAUAAUAAUAUGUCGUAUUAUAUUAAGUGGUCUCGAAACUUAACGUUAAAAAAAUAGCAAUUUUUGCGUCGUUUACGAACUCGCACCCCUCUACCCACAACUAUAUUCAUCAGUCUGAGGGCCGAAAUCCGCACACAUUCAACUACUGAUCCAGAUGAGCCAGCUGGGUUUGAGCGAUACUCUCUAAACGCGUACGAGGCGUUUUAAAACAUUGAAACAAUGAUAAUAGACUGUUUUGUUUUGAAAUAGCGAUUGGGAGUUUAUAGUUAUGAAGUGUUGGCAUCCGCUGGAUGGAUGGAUGGACGCUGCGUGGUAGUUUAUGAGUGAUCGGACCGGUGUGUUGAGCGGGUUCAGUCCGAUCUAUACAGGUCUGAAAUGAGGAACAUCACGCGUCUCUUUGGGACCACCCGACCUGAAUGGGUCUCCUGGCUGCAACUAUUAUUUUUGAUGCUCUUUUGGACCUGUUUAAAAGCACAGCAGUUAAAAAACACUAGAUGGCCACUGUAUUCUGGUAAGCCUUUGCUGUUGGCCUGGAACGCUCCUACGGAGGAUUGUAGACCUCGACAUGAAGUCAACUUCCAGCUGGAUCGGUUCCAAAUUGUGGCGUCACCAAAUGAGGGUUUCACCAAGCAAAAUCUCACCAUCUUCUACAAGGACCGUUUGGGAUUGUACCCGUACUUUGAGGCAGACAGCACUGCAGUCCACGAUGGCCUUCCGCAAAACGCUAGUCUCAUAAAACACCUAGAACGGAUGCCGGAGGGGCUCAAUAAGUACAUCAAGGACCCGACAGCCAAAGGUCUUGCUGUUAUUGACUGGGAAGAGUGGCGGCCCCUCUGGAUACGCAACUGGGGCACUAAAGACAUUUACCGCAAGCAUUCACAACGGUUAGUCGCAGAGAAAAACCCAACUUGGCCUCAGGAUCAGGUGGCCAAAGUGGCCCAGCAAGAGUUCGAGCUCUCUGCGAAGAAGUUCAUGUUGGAGACUCUCCGAUUGGCCAAGAGCUUACGGCCCCAGCAGCUUUGGGGGUUCUACCUCUUUCCUGACUGUUACAACCACAAUUACCAAAAUAACCAGAACUACACAGGACGCUGUCCGGAUGUGGAGGUGACCAGGAACGACCAACUGAAGUGGCUGUGGACGGAGAGUACAGCUUUGUUUCCUUCCAUAUACAUGGGGAAAACGCUGAAGGACAAACCGUCUGGACGGCAGUUCGUACGGAACCGGGUCAAGGAGGGCAUGAGGUUGGCGUCUGUUGGGAACGGGUCAGCCAGACCUGUGUUUGUCUACACGCGGCCCACUUACCUAAGCAAUACUCCAACUUCUAACGGCAACUCUCCUGAUCUCCUGCUGCUGACGGAGAUGGAUCUGGUGUCGACUAUCGGCGAGAGCGUGGCGUUGGGUGUAGCGGGCGUGAUCCUCUGGGGUGACUCCAACUAUGCUAGCAGUCAUGCGACUUGUUCCAAUCUUAAUGAAUACCUGCGAGGGCCGUUGGGUCAUUACCUGCUUAACGUGACGUCAGCCGCCGAACAGUGCAGCCGAAACCUCUGUGGAUUCCGCGGUCGCUGCCUUCGCAAAAACCCUGACACGGACACGUACCUGCAUCUCAGUCUGAACACCCACAGCAUAGAGCGCCAAGGAAACACGCUGAAGGUUUCGGGCAAGAUGGGAGAAGAAGAACUGAGCCGCUUACGGGACGAGUUCCAGUGUCAGUGCUACAGCGGGUACAUCGGUGACGACUGUAGUCGAAGUGAGGCUGGGAACAGUGCGACGGUGGUCUGGACCACCUUUUUGCAAGUUCUGCUGUUACCGCUCUUCUUGAUGGGGUUCCUACACUGAGGAGUUAGAACCGAUUUGAGGAUGAUACGCUGGACCUUCUCUUCAAAAGAUGCGUGACGUCGAUGGCAGGAAGGCCCUUUGUUUGCUAGAAUUCAAAAGAGGACACAAAUGGAGCAGUUCAAAACACAAGCUUACUCUGUGGACUAAAAGUGCAGCACAGUGGCGGCUCAGUGUGGUUCUGUUCGAGUAGAUCGCCCCCUGCUGCAUGGGAGGCUGAACUGUGGCAGGUGGAAUUAAGUGUUUUUUUUUGUUUUUUUAGCUAGACAUGAUGAUUGUGUGUGUGAAAGUCUUAUAUUGUUUUUAUUAAAAAAAAAAAAAAAUUGAUGUGGUGUUUUCAGUUGUAUGGAGCCCUGCACAUGAUAUGCGAGGAAAAAAAAUUGUAUAUAGUGGCCACAAAUUAACAAUUAACUUACUAAUAUGUUAGCACGUUUUACUAAUUUGUUCCCUCGUUUUAAGUAAAUCAUGCGCACAAUAUAAUAAUUUGCUCCUUUGUUUGACUAAAUCGUGGCCAUGUUGAAAUAAUUUGUUCCCUUGUUUGUCCACAUGUCACAUGCUGGGCUCUGUACAACUGUCAUUCAAGACAUUUUACUUCUUUGCCUUCUUUAUACCUGCACAAAACCAGUUGUGACCUUAUUUCUGUUGUGCGUCACAUGACCAGCUCCUUAAAAGGGACAAAUGUUGUUACUUGCAACACUGCUGCCUCAUUAAAACCUCUUUUGGACUUAAUGUCAUGAAACCUGUCACAUUUCACUCCAAAAUUAAAAGAAACUAGAGAAGUUACAUUUGCCUAGGGGAAAUUAAACCUAUUUGAGUAAAAUUAUGCAUUUUACUCCCAGAAAAUCUUGUGUUCAGAUGUUUUUUUUUUUUUUUUUUAUUCUCAUUAUUCUCAAUGUGAUUCUCAUUAUAGUAUUGCAGUUUUAUUACAGUAAAUAGAAAAUCAUGUUUUUUAAAUUCAACCAUAAUAGAAUAAAGGCAAUACAACAAAUACUAACAUGAGGUAUAAAAUUACAAUUUAUUAUGUUAUUCUAUAAAUUAUUAAUAUUAAAUUUACAAUAUAAAUUAAUUUUUACAGUAAUAAAAAGAUUAGAAUUUUUUUUUUUUUGCAUAACAGUAAUGCGAAUGUGCUUAAUUGUCAUGAAAAUAAUGUCACAAAACAUCUUGGUCCUACAAAAUAGGUUUACUUUAUGCAAAAUAGAAGUUUUUGUCAUUUAUUUUAUUUUGAUUUGGGGUGAAAUAUGACCUCGGACAUGUUCUUAACAGGUUUUUCUUAGACCACUGCUGGAUAGUGAGGGAUUUUUUUAAAAAUCUGCCAAAAACAUGAAUGUAAAUGACAAAUACAGCAUAUUGUGGUUCACAGAAGCAUUAGAUGCCUUUUAUUUUUCUGCCUAGGUUGCACAAAACUAUUUUGAGACCAGAUUUUCCCCCUUAAUUGCUGAACUUUGCAUUUCUGUUCUUUAUUUGUGUGGGAUAAAUCGGAAAGGUUUUAUUUGUGUAUGUUUAGCAUGAAUUUGUGUCCUCACAGCAAAACAACCAUAAAACUGUAGAUCUGUGUUUUGUUUUUUCUGUAUUUUUGUUUGUUUGUUAUAGUGCCUUUAAAGGCAUAGUUCAUCCCAAAAAUUUAAAUUCUGACAUUAUUCACUGUUGUGUUAUUUCCAAAACUUGACUGACUUGCUUUUUUUGUAAAUAUUGACAGAAUUUAAAUUUUUGAGUAAACAAUCCCUUUAAUUGAUUGUGUUAAUUGAAAAGAACCUCACUGAAACAAGUGCAGAAUUAAACUUAAAAAGUUCUAUUUAUAUUCAUCUUUAUUUUUCAUACCAAAAUUACCAAAUUUUGAUACCAAAUUCUGCUUGUGCUGUCUAGAUUGUUUGGUGACUGAGUCAAGUGAAAUGCCCUAAAAGUGUUCAUUUUAUAUUUUUACAAUAAAUCUUAUAUUUAAAAGCUUGAA